CAAAUUUUCCCUGUGCUGCCACAAUACUGCACACACGUGACCUCCCUGUUUUCACCCAGUUUAACGCAUGUACUUAAAAGACAGGCCACUACCAUUCACCAACACAAGCACGAUUCACACAGUAUUCAUGUCAGAAAGGUAAGAUCGCCGCUGCGGGGACUCGGAUCGCUGUAAGUGGACCAUGGCGGCUGCCACGAGCAGCAACACAUCCACAGCCACGCUCCAGAUCAAGCACUCCAGUAUCGAGCAUACGCGGAAACGCAUAGACCCGAGGAGGAGGCAGGCGGCGUUGUCUUUUCUCAGCAACAUUUCUCUAGAUGGAAGACCCGUGCAAGACGACACAGACAAUCAAACCGAGGAGGAGAACUCGCUCGAUGCUAGGACUAGACAGAGCCUGGUUUCUCCGGAGCGCUCGGCGUACGGGGCUGCUGCUGCUGGCGCCGCCGGAGCCGCUGCAGCUGCUGCGGCCGCGGCGGCUGCGACCACCGCCGCCCAAGCGCUCGCCUUUGCAAACCAGGCUCUCCUUGCCAGCACUCGGGCCAGCUUUGGGACGGGUCCCGCAGCUGCCCCAGCAGGUUCGGACACAGAGGGAGACGCUUUUCUGCCCUCGACGUUCAGCUCGCCGUUCUCCGCGGUACCAGCCUCGACGAGAGGGAGACUGCAGACAUACACUCAGGGAAUCCUACCUGCCCACUACUCCAGGCAAAGCUCCCAAAACUACUGCCUGGAGGGUGGACAGAUUGCCAACUCUGCAAUAGAGCUGCAGAGGUCAAGGCGACGACUCAUCUCUCAGCGCUCUUCACUUGAAACACUAGAGGACAUUGAGGAAAACGCUCCUCUUAGAAGAUGCCGGACCCUAUCGGGUUCACCUCGACCAAAGAGCUUCAAGAAGAUCCACUUCAUAAAGAACAUGAGGCAACAUGAUAUGCGCAAUGGAAGGAUAGUCCUUAUCAGUGGCAGAAGAUCCUUCUAUAGUGUAUUUUCUGUCCUGCCCUAUCGAGAUUGUAGCCAAGCAGGGGAUGUGAAGCUGGAAGGAGGGCGUCAGCGGCACCCUUCAGGAGGUGUUAGUGCCAAGGAGAUGGUGAUUGGGCUGGAGGGAGUGGAGCUGGGAGCUGAUGGAAAGACUGUGUCCUACACCCAGUUCCUUUAUCCCACUAAUGUGCUGGGUGGUCGAAGAAACACCAUCGAUUCCACCUCGUCUUUCUCUCAGUCUCGUAACGCCAGCCAUAGAAGCCUCAGCUUGGGCCGAGCCAACAGCAACCAGAGCAGCAUUGACACAGGGAAUGAUUUGGGGGACUUCAGGGAGUACGACCCAAAUCUGCUGGAUGACCCACAGUGGCCUUGUGGGAAACACAAGAGAGUCCUUAUCUUCCCUUCGUACAUGACGACGGUCAUUGAAUACGUGAAACCCUCCGACCUCAAGAAGGACAUGAAUGAAACCUUCAAGGAGAAGUUCCCCCACAUACGGCUCACACUCAGCAAGAUCAGGAGCUUGAAAAGGGAGAUAAGAAAGUUGGCCCAGGAUGAAUGUGGGUACGAGGAACCCACGGUGGCCAUGGCUUUCGUGUAUUUCGAGAAACUUGUUCUUCAAGGCAAACUAAACAAGCAGAACCGUAAACUCUGCACUGGAGCGUGUGUCCUUCUUGCGGCAAAGAUUGGUGGUGAUCUUAAAAAACAUGAGGUCAAGCUCCUGAUAGAUAAACUGGAGGAGAGAUUCAGAGUGAACCGCAGAGAGCUGAUCGCCUUCGAGUUCCCAGUCCUGGUGGCGUUAGAGUUCAACCUGCACCUGCCUGAGCACGAGAUCAUGCCCCAUUACAGACGCCUGGUGCAAACCUCCUAGCAUUAGUGACCCAUCAGGAGGAAGACCACCAGGUUCUUCUCCUGAUCCUCCACUCCCCAUGGUCUCCAUUCCCCCACGUUUCUCUCCAUUCCCCUCUGACAGAUCUAAGGUACCGCAGGCUUAUAAACACUUUCCUCCCUCUCAGAGACCUGAAAUCAGCCAAAGGGACCCACGUAUCCAAAACUUUUUUCCAUUGUUUGACUUCUACAUUCAUCACCACUACACGGACUACUAAAAGAAAGGGUUGUAUCGUCUGCAAACAAAUUGUUUUUCUUGUUUGCAUGUUUCUACGUGUCUUCAUCUUUAUAUUUUUCACCUCUCUUGUUGAUUAAGAGAACUUUGAAUCUGAUGAUGGACUUUUUCAGCUAAAGGAACCAAUGAUUGUACCAUUUUUUUUAUCAUCGCUUUCCAUUAAUCUUCUUGUAAGCUUUGGAUUGAUUGGUUGCCUCUUGGCCGCUGUAAAAUUCAAACAGAAGCCUUUUAAGUGGCUGUUUUUUUGGCUGGACUUCGAUUCCUCAGAGUGACUCACAUUUCCUGAAGUCAUCGUCUUAAAAAGUGCACUUUUUGAGUAUUGUGAAACAAAGGGGGAACAUUUUCUAAGACUUUUUCUGAGCUUUGGAACUAACCCUGAAAAAUAAGCUGUGUUCAUGAACACCACACUCAAUUCAUUUGAAUGGACCUUUUGAAUUGUUUUCUCUCUUAUGCUUUGUUCACAGUUUUCUAGCCACGACUAUCUGCAUGAAUAGUGACGAUCAUUUGUACACACAGGUACAAAGGUACUUGCAGACCAGAUGGGACUUUCUAUUUUCAUUGAAGUAUUCCAUUCAUUUUCUACCAUUCAAUCGCUUGCUAUGGACUAACUGAGACCAGAUCUACUUUUUAUCAGUGUCAAAUUUCCUGUGCUCUAUGUUAGAGUGUAUUGCUAGCACAUUUACAGUGCUAAACGAGGUCAGGAAGGCAGCCCUGAUGAGGUGUUUAUAAGUGCAAAAAUGCCAUUAAGCAAUGAGCGGGAUCAGCAUCAGACUGGUUGAAGGGCGCUGAAGCUGAAGUGUCCUCCAGCAAGAAUCCCUGCAAGCUGCACUUUAGCUGACUUGACCUCUGAUCUCUUGAAAGAGGAGGAAAUCCUCAACGAGAUUCCAACAGGGAUCAAUAGCAGAUCAAAUAUUUGCAUAGAGCUUGAAUCAGCAGUUGUUGAUUUGCAAUCAAAGAUAUUUUUAGAAAGAAUAAAACUGAGAAAAUCAACAAACUAACCAAUGUGACCGAUCUCAAAAGUAUUAUUCCUUUUAUUUGGCAUGUAGCUCUACUUGAUUUCUCAUUGUGUUACUUUAAAACUUGUCUCACACAAUUCCAGAGUAUUGAAAGGGCACUAAAUAUAAAAUGAAUAAAUGAGAGAUUAAAUUCUGCUUGAAGAAUUAAAAGAAUUGAAAUGUGAAAAAGCAUCGAUAAAGCUGAUUAAAGGAGAAAACAUCCUGAGCUUUUUUAUGUUUGAAGCCCAAAGAUUUUGCGUUUAGAUGCACACUAAAUACUCGGCGAGGGAAGACUCAUGGGCGACAAUUUUGACCUGUGUAUGUUUGUAAAUAAAUUGCUUUGCUUGUUCAAUCAAA